UCUGCGGCUUUUGGGGAAAACGGGCAGGUCUGCGGAGAUGCUGGAUGUUGCCGGUCCCAUCUGACCCAACACUACAAGUUGCUGUUAGUCCCGGAUCCCGACAGCCUGCAGGCUAUUCCCGCGGCGGCACGGUCGUGAUGCAGCUCUGUAGGGUUUAAACCUCACUUUCCCGGGUAUUUUUUGAUGGCUUUAAAUUCUCACUUGAAAAAAAAAAUACUAAAGGACGCGUCUUACCGAAGAAAUUUCGAUGCGAGAGAGCGAUCGCUGAGACUACAGCGUGGGGGAUAUGCAGAAAGAAAAAAGGCAAUACGUGCUGUAUUGAUCACGGUUUUUUCCUCUUAAUGGACAAAAUGCAGGACAAUUAAAUUAAAAUACACGUUUGAGGGGCGCACUAGAGAUCGGCGUGACAUUGCCGGACAGUGCUGGGUAUGUGCUCCCAGGGAAUGAGGAUCUGCGCAAACUGAAGGUGAAGCUGACAUCGCCCUGCUUCCACCCAGACCGCUAAGUUUCCCGGAAAACUGGGCUCUGGAGCCGGUGGCACAUCGGAAACCUUCCCCACUUUUUAAGGCGGGAUCUUGCGCCCGUUUCUGGUCCAUGGAUUGUCCGCGUCCUGGUCGCUUCCCGGUGGUUUACAGAGGGCGCCGCUUUGCUGCGGAGUAUCGGGCUCUCCGUGCGCACUUUUCCUUGGUGAAGACGCCGGACGGGAUGGAUACCUCACUGCUUCGCUGAAGAUCUCCGGCUCCUUCCCCGGGCUUUGCCUGACUUUCUCGCCACCAUGCAGCUGCUCCGAGUUGCAUGGGCUUUCGCUGGAGCGGCGAUAUGUUGCUUCAUUAUUUUCCUCUUCCACUCGCACUUCAUGAAGGAAGGUCAGCUGGCAGCAGGGACGUGCGAGAUCGUCACUCUGGACCGGGACAGCAGCCAACCACGGAGGACCAUCGCACGGCAGACAGCGAGGUGCGCAUGCCGGAAGGGACAGAUUGCCGGCACCACGAGAGCCCGGCCAGCGUGCGUGGAAGCUCGCAUCGUCCGGGCCAAGCAGUGGUGCGAGAUGCUGCCCUGCCUGGAUAACGAAGGCUGUAACCUGCUGGUGAACAAGUCAGGCUGGACCUGUACUCAACCCGGGGGCAGAGUUAAGACCACCACGGUAAGUCCUGGUCCCUGGUUCUUGCUCCCCGCGUCGUGCCUGAGUCCCUCGUCUCCCUCAGUUUUAUGGCCCUCUUGGCCACCCGGAAGUCUCUCAUUUCCUCUGCAGCAUCAGCAGCCAGAUCCAUUUUCAGCCGGAUCUCAGAGUGGUUGUCCACAGCUCCGCAGUGGCUAUGAGGUCGCCGUCUCUGCAGGAACCUCGGCGGUCUCCAGGACGGCCUCAUACCACUGCCAAUUUGGAUCGCUCUCCCUCUCCAGGCUGGAAUGAGUCCAACUAUGCUCUGGCGCAGCAGAGAGCAGCCCUGACUCAAACAAGAUUCAAAGGAUUCAAGGAUUCAAAAGCUUUAUUGUAAUUUGUAGUAGGAUGAAAUACUUUCUUGCGUGCCUCAUUGUAAACUUAAACAGCAUAUAACAAUGAAAAACAAUAGAUAGCAAAUAACAAUAAUGAAAACAAUAACAUACAUACAAUAUACAAGCAAUAUCAUGCAUUAGUAUAGCAAGGUACUGAUGUUAUAGGGACAGUGGUGAUUGGCAUAACAGUGCGAGGUUUCAGUUUGUAUUUAACAUUUGUAUUACCUCUACAGGAAGCUGUUACUGAAUCUUGAAGUCUUCUGGAGGGGACGAGGGAAAAAGGUGACUGUGCUGGGAGUGAGGAGGGAGAAUGGCGACUGUGGUAGGAGAAAUGGAGGAGAGAGGAAGGCAGCUGUGCCGGGAGAAAGUGAGGAGGGAGAAAGGCAACUAUGGUAGGAGAAAUGGAGAAGAGAGGAAGGCAGCUGUGCCGAGAGAAUGUGAGGAGGGAGGAUGGUGACUGUGGUAGGAGAAAUGGAGGAGAGAGGAAGGCAGCUGUGCUAGGAGAAAGUGAGGAGGGAGGAUGGCGACUGUGGUAGGAGAAAUGGAGGAGAGAGGAAGGCAGCUGUGCUGGGAGAAAGUGAGGAGGGAGGAUGGCGACUGUGGUAGGAGAAAUGGAGGAGAGAGGAAGGCAGCUGUGCUGGGAGAAAGUGAGGAGGGAGAAAGGCGACUGGUAGGAGAAAUGGAGGAGAGAGGAAGGCAGCUGUGCUGGGAGAAAGUGAGGAGGGAGAAAGGCGACUGGUAGGAGAAAUGGAGGAGAGAGGAAGGCAGCUGUGCUGGGAGAAAGUGAGGAGGGAGAAAGGCAACUGGUAGGAGAAAUGGCGGAAAGAAAGCGACUGGUAGGAGACAGGGUGGUGGGACGAAGUGACUGCUGGUUGAAAGUGAGGAGAAAGAAAGGCGACUUGCUAGGAGAAAGGGAGGAGAAAGAGGCAACUGCUGGGAGAAAGUAUUGAGGGAGAAAGACAGCUGUGCUAGCAGAAAGGUAACUGCUAGGAGAAAGAGGAGGGAGAAAGGCAACUUGCUAGGAGAAAGGGAGGAGAAAGGUGACUGCUGGGUGAGAUAGUGACUCGUAGGAGAAAAGUACGAGGGAAAAAAGCGACUGUGCUGGGAGAAAGAGAGGAGGGAGAACGGUGACUGUUGAGAGAAAAGGAGGGAGAAAGGAGACUGCUAUAAUGAGGAGAAAGACUGCGAGAAAGGCAACUGUUGGGAGGAAGGAGGAAGCGGACUGUGCUGGGAGAAAGAGAGGAGGGAGAAAGGUGACUGUUGGGAGAAAAGGGAGAAAAAUAACUGUGCUGGGAUGAGGGAGGAAGGUGACUGUGCUGGGACAGGUUUGUCAGGCCCCGGUGCUUGCAAUUUGUUGUUAAAUUGGCAUGGUAGGGUGUAGACCUGCGGGGGGGCGAAGUGACCCAUUGUUCCCCCCUUACCCCUAAUCGCUCUCAUGGCAUCCACACCCAGAAAAGCCCAUUGCCAUCGGCGAAUAAAACGCAUCAUUUUACGAGAUUCGUCACACAUUGCUCCUUAGCUUCCACUCUCGUGUAACCGGACGUCAUUGAUUGAGUUUCGUUAAGUGUAAAUAAUCAUUAAUUCAAUGCCUGCGUUUCAGUCAUCAGCCAACGAAUGACGCCCUCCUCCUCAACUCGUGCCUCCGGAGCAUGAAAAUCUGAAGCAUCGUCGGUGAAUUCUUGUCAGGUUACAGCAGGAAUUAAAUUACCUGUGAUUUCACGGGGGACGUUCCCCUCCUCACUGCAUAAGACGUAGAGUGCAGAUCCCGUCCAUGCAGUUUAGAGACCUCUGGCUUCUGUUGAGAUGCCAGGUUAUUUCACAUGGUGAAAAAUGAAGUUCAUUAAUCUAGCCUGCGAGAUGGAUGAGUGGCAUGUGAGGAACCAAGUCUCACAUAGGUUCUGUACCCAAUCUCCGGCCGGGCUGCUGAGUUUUUGUAUUUUUUUCAGUUCUUGCCUUGAGAGGGGCAUCUUUGGAUGCCAUGUGCUAGGUGUGGGGCAUGUGGAGACCUGAGUGACAAAGGGCAUCGUAUUUUUUAAUUUUCUGACCCAGCCUUCUAGGGGGAACAGUCACGCAGCGCCCAGACGGCAUCGAUCUUAUACCAGGGUGUGUGCUGCGGCUUCCAAACCAUCAUCUGUGAGACAAUGCCCCUGCUCUCAGAGCAGAUGGGUAGCCUGACACAUAACUGCUCUGUGCGUCCAGAGACACUGACCACAUAGCUUUUGGCAAAGGCUCCUCCAUCAGGCAGAGGCUCCUUCAUGGGGUAAGACCCCAUUCCUACCCUGUCCAACCCCUUGCUACCCACUCUGCCCCUUCGCUACCCAGCCCCUCACUUGCUAUUCCUCCUCCCCCAGCCCAUCACUUCCUGCUCCUCCUCCACCUAUCCCCUCAUUCCCCACACCUCCCUUUCACUCCGCACUUCUCCCCUGUCCAGCUUCUCGCUCCUCAUUCCUCCCCUGCUCUGCAAAUCACUCACCACUCCUCCCCCUCUUCUCCCUUGUUCCCUGUCCACAGGUCCUUGCUUGCCUAUCCUCCUCCAUCUGGCCCCUUGCUCCCUGCUCAUCCCUUUCACUACCUCCUCCUCCCCCGCAUUGCCCCUAGCUUUCCACUCCUACCCCACGCAGCCCUUGAUUUUCUGCUCCUCCCCCAUCCAGCCUCUUGUUCCCCAUACCUCCCCCACCUGGCAAUGCCCGACCCUUUGUCCCCCAACUCCUCCCUUGCCCACCCCACUUGGCCCCUCACUCUCCUCUCCUCCCCUGCCUGGCCCCUCACUCCUGCCCCACCCAGCUCCUCACUCUCCACUCCUCCCCUGCCCAGACCCUCGCUCCCACCCCCCUCAGCCCCUCACUCUCUGCUCCUUCCCUGUCUGGCCCCUCACUUCACCUGGUCUCUCCCCACUCCUGCCCCGCCCAGCCCCUCACUCCCCACACUUCCCUUUCACUCCCCCCUCCUCCCCCUGCCUACCACCUCUCUUCCUGCUCCUCCAAAGUUUCCAAAGGGAGCGGCUGAUCGGCAGGCCUGGCGGGCCGACGUGGUGACACGCCUCCCGGCAGCCCGUCACAGGAGCGCAGUUCAGUCGCUCAGAGCUUUGCCAGUCGACCUGCUUUGCUGGCACUGCUUUGCAAUCCGCCACCUGUCAAACCUGGACGAGGACCACAAAGCGGCCGUGUGCUGUAAAGCAGGCUCACGGUGCCGGCGGCGAGGGGAGGGACGACGGCACGCGAAUGCUCAAGAUGACGAGAGUCGCUACUGAUGCCCGGCACCCGUAAUGGAUGCGUGUGCAGUGCUUUUGAGAUGUGUUUUGGGCCCACUUUGUGAUAGAUCCGGGCUAGACGCAUUAUAGCCAGCAUGGUGUGGAGAAUAAGCCUCUCCCAGCUGGAGACUCCGCCGCCCAGCCGCCGUAUUCCUCGGCCUGGCUCUCUUCAUUUCCCUGCAUUGGUCCCACAGGUGAACUGACUGGAUCGCUUCCCAAGCCGCGUUUAGCUUCCCCCGGAAUGGUGGCUGGGGCGACUCAGGCCGCUUCCCGCUGCCGCUCACAUGCCGUACAGCUUGGGAAUCAUCAUGCUUCAUGGCUCUCCUCCUCUAGCCGCUUAAAUGGCGAGCUCCUGUUCCCGCGUAAUUACGUAUCUCGCUGUUCUCCCACCAGUGACCGAGGUACGUACGUCUGAUUGUUACUGCCGCAAGCCCGCUGCCACAUUACGCCGCUUUGAAAGCACUCUGCCCCCACCGCGCGCCGUCUCUGGAAGCUUCAAGGAUGUCACGCGGGAGGACAAUAAAAGCGACAGCUGUCUGAACCGCCAAGUCACCUUGGGAUGGCUUCUGCGCACCCUGUGGUUUAAUUGGACGGCAUUUUGGACCUAAUGUUCUGAUCCCUGCUAAAAAAAGCUAAAGCAGUGGCCUCAGAUUUAUUUUUUUUAAUUAACACACAGUUACUACUUCUGCUCAACAUGCAAUUGCAACCCAGCGAGAAUAAUUAGUUUUAGGCUUAAAUAGAGGCUAUGUUUCAUUGAACACGCUUCUAAGAGCUGUCGCUCACCUGAGGGGACAGUCCGGAAUUAAUUCCCGUUUGAACGCCCCCGUUUUUUCUUCUCCGUUCAGCGUUUCUCCUUGGCGAUGGACUCGCCUGACCAGUUAAGCUCGGGGCUGGCGGGUGCUAACCGCCACAGCCUCUGUGCUGUAAUGAAUUGAAUUUCUUGUAAGGGCCUAUUUUCCUCGAAAUAAGAAAACAGCAUUUUAAUCAGCCUUUAGGCUCACAUACUUAAUGUCCUAAUGAACGUAAUUGAUUAUUCUGUUAUAGAGAGCCCGGGUAAGCAAGCGGCUUAUUUGUAAGAGCAAUCCAUUUCAGAUGGCCAGUGAACUCGGGCGAAGGUGGCGUCUGAGAUCGAUACGGCAUCUGUGGGUGUGUAUCACAGUUGGUGACUGCCCAUUUUUCUGUAUGGACAUAUGGUGCGUGUGCGUGUUUGUGUGUGUGUCUGGGCAUUCAUGUAUGCGUAUUCUCAGCCAUUUCUGGUACUGCUACUGUUCGCUGGGGGCCGUGUGGAAGCCCCUGGCAAACAGAUACAAGCCACAGAGGGUCUCGGUAUGCCGGAUCUCGCGCUGAUUUAAUAAUCAUCAACUCUGACCCCGUAGCACAUUCAUGCAGGGCUGGGUGCUGGACCGAACCCUGACAUUCAUUCAUGGCGUCUUUGACCGUCUUCUCAUGGCCUGUCAGGCUGUCUUCACGCCAGUUGGGUGCCCUACGUACCUUUACUUCAUUCAUGUCAUCUUCGAACCACCUUCAUUAAUGUGUGGUCACAUGCUUUCAUGCUGGCUGAGCUUUUUGUUCAUUCUAGGCAGUUACACCGCUGUUAAUCAGCUUAGCUGCAUUUACAGGGAGUCCGACUUGAUGACUUUGUUAGGAUGUAAUUAAAGGAUCGGAUCCAGGAGUCAUUUUUCAGCUGUGUUCCGUUUCAGUAAGUUAAUAAGAUAUUUGUAUUAUUCAGUGGACUUAUUGAUCAGCCCUCACCCGGCUGAUGAGCCCACCGUGGACCACAUCUCUUAUCUGGGCCUCAGCACGUUGAUUAAGGUCUGCUCCCGGUGCGACACCCCCUAGCUUUGAGACGCGUGAGUGGCUUUCUCAUUCGGAGGCGGCUGAGAGUGCCCGUAUUUGAAUACCGCGCAUUUACAUGGCUGUUACACAGACCCUGCAGGUUCCCCUUAGGUGGACAGGCAGACUCAGCCCAUGAGAUUUUCCGGAAAGGCACGAAGGUAAUAAACAGCAGCAGAUUCAUUGUCCAGCUCAUUAGCGCCUGUUCGGCACGUGCAGUUCACCUCCUGAACCUGGCAGCCCAAGCCCAGCACCCGGAGUAGCUCCUCUAGGUCUUUGCUGCUGCUGGUGUGGCUGCUCGUAUCAGUUUCCCAGCUGGAAGGGGUCCGCAAGGACCCCCCCCCCCCUGCCUGGCCAGCACUGGUAAUGCCCAUUAGCUGAACCAAGGUUGCCUUGGACGCUUUCGGAAACGGCCUUCUCGUCUAGCCUGAUUGGCUGAGCAGAACCCAGUACAUCCUGGGAUUUCCUGAGGGUUAGAGAGGUGUAUGGCAAAUGUGAACGAUAUCAGUAUCCUAGAACGUGGGGAUACAGCUCGAGCAACAGUAACAUUUAAAUGUAUUUGCGUUAUUUUGUCUGCCUUUCAUUAUAUAAUGUAGGCUGAACGGUCAGAGGCAGAGCUAGAUAGUAAAUUAACAGAAAGCUGCUUCUUAGUCUAAAACAGCGCUUCCAAAUUAACGAGGAUGUUAAUGAGGCGUCAAAUCACGACUGUAAUUGUGGAAGCCUGAUUAGAUAAAUCACUAUUCAUUCUCAUAUCAGAUAAGGUUUACCACCAAGACUUGUGCUGCAUUUGAGAUCAAGGGAGAUGAGAUAAGAGUUUCCCCGUGCCCCUCCACAGAUUUACAUUUUAAUUCCCUGAAGACGGGGAGUGAGGCGUCUGGGAACAUGUCAUUUUUUUCUUGCUAAUUCAAAUUAUUACCGCUGAGUCACUAGAGGGCAGUAUAGUUUCUACCAUCAUAUCUAAGAGUUUUGAAGUGGUCACGUGAGUUCAGUACUUCGCAACGUCAGUGUAGGUUUCUUUUCUACAGAUACAAUGAGUCUGAGACUGUUAGAGUAAUUAAAUACACAUGAGAAGGUUGAUCGUUUUGCCUGAAGUCUUGUUCAGUCAGAAUAAUUGUUUUUGCAGACUGACAGAUUUGUAAAGUGUGGAGCUUAAAUUGUAUAGCUUAACCAUUAUGUGUUUGCAAGGUUUUUAUCACAUUAUCUUGUUUAAAAUGCUAUUCAAAUUGAAAUCAGUGGUUCUUAUAUGCACACUGUAAGUCAUGUGGAGAUUAUCAGUUACCUUUAUUGUUGAAUGUUAAAACCACAAUAUAAUGCAUUGCUUGCAUGGUACCACGUCGCCUGAUGUAAUUUGCAUGCUGUCCUGCUAACAAGUGCUGUCUUCUUAAUGGUUGUCCUCUAACAGCUAUUGUCUUCUUAUUGGUUGCCAGGUCUCCUGACUAGUGUAGCAACAGGGCCUCCCAGCAGGGGAUGUGGAUCGCGAUUCGCUGCUUCCCGCACUCCGUGGUCGCCACCGUCGAAUCAUCUGUCAUCUAUCAUCGGCUUGACUCGUCCGCCCAUCCAUCUCCGUGCAUCGCGAUUUGGACCACAGAGGGUGGUUCUCCAUGCUUCUCCGAAGCCCGGGAACGGGCAGGACUCUGACCCCGCGUGGCAGCAUUCUGCCCCCGUAACUCUGACCCAACCCGGUUACUGUGGAGAAACGGACCGACUGUCCCAGCUUCACCCACUGGGCCUCUGCCAGCGCCGAUGUUUGGUACCUGAAGCAUUUUUUCCAUUCAAUAGACCAAAGAGGACCGUACUUUUCUGGGAGGACAGGACGGACAAACACGGGGACAGGAAUUCAUCGUCAGGGAGGCUCACACUGAGCAGGGAGGGGCCAAGGUGGUGAUGUCAUCACUCCUGCGCUCCAAGGCACCACUGUACUCUGUGCAGAUAUUAUAUAUAUUCCAGCGUAAUAUAUAUAAUAAUCAACAUUACAUUUUUUUCAAACGCUGUAUUUGGACAAUUUGCAAUAAGCAUGCAGACAGCAAAUGAUUUACGGGCAGACAAGGAAAUGGUGAUUCCGGUUUUGGAAAAAUAUCAUUAAAUGUAUUUUAAACAAAAAAGGCCUAAACUUAUAUAUUUAACAGUUUUAUAUGUGGUACAUUUGUAGAGACCCUUAUUUAACAGAGAAGGCGCCGUCAUGCCACCGGUGAUGGGGCUUCCGGGAGCCGCCCGACCCACGGACACACUGCUCUGCUUCUCCGCUUUUACGUCACUUCAGCUUUUUUGAAGUAUAUUUUUCAACGUCCGUUGACGCUUUUUAAAGUGCGACCAGCCCGCAUAGCAGACGUUAAACGGGACAAACGCAGCGAGGCUAAAGGCCUGCAGUGACUAGCCUGUGUGUCUCAUAGAGCUGUCCUGUCGGAUGUUUGCUGUUGUAUUAUAUAUCGGUGUGAAGUGCCAAGCUUUUUGACUUUGCGUUAAAUUAGCUCGACUCUGUUUUUCUUGCACAGCACCGGCCUCAGAGUAGCGGCGGCUGACGGGAGGGACGCAGUCACACAGAAGUUUCUCAUCAAAUAAAGGAAAUGCACAGAGCGCAUAUUUCAGAGAGUCGCUAGGCCGGUAUUGGGGGUUCCUCAUUAAAAUAUUCGACCUGUGUGCGACUUGAAGGUUAUUGUUUUUUUUUUUGGUUAAUUUUUGUGCUGUAUCUGCUUUUUAAUUUGAGGUGAAACGUUCCGAAGCAUAGCCGUCUCAAAGGAGUGUUUAUUUUUAGCUGCUGUUUUAUUUUAUUUUAUUUUAUUUUUGCCAUGCAAGGUUGGCAGGCUAAAUUGCAAAAUAAAUAUAUAAAUAUGGUAGUCUAUACAGAGACUGAUAUGCAAAUAUCUAAUAUUCCAGUACUUUUAUACAUGAAGGCUAUUGACAUAUAGAUAUAAGCAUUUUAUCUGUAAUAAAAAGUUAAGCUCUUAUUACAAACCUG